AUGGAUGAAAUUCUUGCGGUCGUCGAAGAACUCAUAACGAAAACUGUAGAAAAAGAGAAAAGAAUAUCAUAUCGUGCGAAAACAUCAGGACUCGGAGCAUUGCUCGAAAGUUUAAGAAACCACGAAACUCAAAAUGAUGAACCAAGUGCGAAAAUAGCCAAAAUAGAAGAUCAAAAAGAAAAACCAUUGAAUCGAAAAGAGAGAAGAGCUUUGAAACAAGCUGAAUUUCAGGAAAAAUAUGAGCAAUCAAAAAAAGAAGAAGUUAUCAUAGUUCCAAAAAUCUAUGAAAAAGCUGUGCCGCCAAAGUUUUAUUUGGAUAAAUCGUGAGUUUACGAUAGGGUUGUCCUGUGGCAGAACAUUUUUAGAAAUGCCAAAAAUGAUCACCCAAGCGCUUCAAACGUUUCUAAAUGAUGCCUUAUUUCAAUAAUUUUUAUUAGUUCUUUUUAUUUCUAAUGUAAAUAGGAAAAAUUGAAUUCAAUUUUUCAGUGAUGAUUGCUCAUAUCAGGACUACAAAGCGUCUUUCGGUUAUUCUGCAACAAGAUCUAAUAACUAUUUGCGAUAUUCAAAAUUGAACAAAUCAGGAAAUCGAGCAGCUGUUGCUUCACAAGAUCGAUAUAUUCGAAUAUAUAAUGAUUUGGAAAAUGAUUUUAAACCAUCUUGGAAACAUAGUUUAGGUGGAUUAAUAUACGAUAUUGAAUGGAUAAAUGAUGAAAAUAUAGCAACAACUUCAAAAGGACAUCCAAUUCAAUUAUGGAAUUCUGAAAAUGGCGAAAGAUUAUGUUCUUAUGUUGGAAAAGAUAAUGCAGAUGCAGUUGAUUCUGCUUUUAGUAUUGGUGUACUUGGAAAUAAAUAUAUACUUGGUGGAUAUAAAAAAGAUAUCAAAUUUUGGGAUAUUGAAAUACCUGGAAAACCAUUAUAUACUCUACCGUACAUUGAUAAGUUUUGUAAGUUUUUUUUUGAUGAAAUAGAAAAAUGGUUUCAAUUUUCAGAUAAAACAGGUUUAACUGGUCGUGCAAUGUCUUUUUCAUCGGAUCCUUUAAAUUCUUCUCAAUUUGUUGCUGUUGGUUGUUCAGAUAGAAUUUCAGUAUAUGCGGAUAAUUGUAACUAUUCUGUUAUGACAUUUUCAACGAAUGGUAGAGGUUAUACUUAUGUAAAAUAUUCAGAGGAUUCUACAAAAAUUUAUGCAUCAGAAAGAAAAGGAGAUAUUCAUUGUUAUGAUUUGAGAAUGAAUAUGUUGGUACAAGUUUUGAAAAGAGAAAUGAACGAGAAUCAUCGAACUAUUUUUGAUAUUGAUGUGUAAGUAAAUUUCAUUGUAUUCAAAUCGAAAAAAUAAAUAUUGUAGAUCUCGUCACUUAUUAUAUUCUGGAACAUCUUCUGGUGAAAUUCAAGCAUUUGAUCUUGGUGAUAUUUCAGAAAUACUCGAACCCAUAUCAAAAAUCAAAAUAUCUUCGAAAUGCGUUCCAUGUGUUAGCAUCAACUCCGAAAAUCAAAAAGUUAUUGCCUGCUCUGGAGAAAGAAUAUUUCCGCAAAUUGAUUUAUCAGAUGAAGACGAAAACGAGGAAAACAUCAGUAGUGUUAGUUUGUAUUCUUCAAAUUCUUUGCAUCUUUUGAAUGUAUUUUUUGAAAAGUAA